AUGAAGUUCAACCCCGCGGUUUCCAGCGACUCAGGCAAGAACCGUAAGCAGCAUUUUAAUGCGCCUUCCCAUGAGCGUAGACGAAUCAUGUCAGCUCCACUCACAAAGGAGCUUCGAGUGAAGCACGGAAUCCGAUCCAUUCCUAUUCGUGUUGACGAUGAAGUUAUUGUGAUGCGAGGACGUCAUCGUGGAAACACUGGUCGUGUAAUCCGAUGCUACCGUAAAAAGUUCGUCAUCCACAUUGACAAAAUCACCCGUGAGAAAGGCAACGGAUCCACUGUGCACAUCGGAAUCCACCCUUCGAAGGUGGCCCUCACGAAGCUGAAGCUUGACAAGGAUCGUCGCGACCUCGUAGAAAGAAAGGCCGCUGGACGCGCAAAGGCCCUCGGAGUGCUUAAGGGAAAGCACACUGAGGAGAGCGUUGCAUAA